CGCCCUACAGGAAGUGGGCCGAGACUGGCGCGUUUGUUGAAAUCGACCCCGGGUGUUUACAUGUCAGCGGCACAACUGGCACCCACCCGACUUGAAAGCCACGGCUUCCACACCGUGAACAUGGAGUUAUCCCCCAUUAUCAAGAAAAUAGGUCACUCUUUGUUGGAGAUAAGAGUUCGCGCAUUGAAGAACAUCAUUUCUAAGCUGGACCAUUCGCUGAUUUCCGUCUCUGACAUCGUCCAAGAGAAGAUGCUUUUCGUGCAUCUCCUCCAAUGGUUCAAUUUCCCCGAGGUGGCGAUGCAGGAGGAGGUCCUCGAGCUGCUUUCCACCCUGUCAAAGCAUCCUAGCGCAGCCCAGAUGCUGAGAGACGUCGGGGCGGUGGACUUCCUCACUCAACUGUCUCCGAAUGUGGAACCCAGACUGCGAGCUGUCAUCGACGGAACCCUGGACCAGCUGUUCCAGCUACCCGAGCUACUCCCUAGUCACAUUAUGGUCUCCUCGCGUGGACGCCGCUCUACUACUCCAACAGAUGUGCCACCUGAAGAUCCUUUUCCUAAAACGGGGUAUUUCCACAAGACAACGCUGAGCCACGCGGACGUACCAGCACAGAAGAUAGCAGUGCAUGAGUCAGUGAGAUGUCUCAAGUUUUCUGUGUUUCCAUGGCUUACCUUGACAAACACAGACAGACACAUACUUUCAUCUAACGAGAGUUCUCUUAGGAGCAGCAACCCCAACUUGGUGCGGACCACAUGUGAACUUCUGUGUGACGUCAUAAUGCAAGAUUUUCCUGCCGAGAUCUUCCUGCAAAGACCAAGUAUUGUACAGAACCUGCUGUCCCUGUUGAAGCUGGGUUCAGGUAGAGGUGAGGCCGGCUUCCUCCACUUGUACGCGCUUUCCUGCCUUCGGCAGCUCUGUGUGGGGCUGCGCAGAAGACUACGCUUUCAUCACGAUCCAAGCUUUUACUCCAUGAAGCAAGAUCCUGUGUCCCAGAACUCGUCCUUUUCCUACUCCCGGGAAGUGCGCGCGACCCAACGCUCGCAGGCCUCGUCUCCGGCGGCGGAGUGCUGUCCUCGGCCGUCUGUUGUAGGACGCACAAGCCAGAGAGCCAGUGGAGACGGCCAAGACGGAGAUGCAGCUUCCACCAGUGGCAGUUCGAACCGAGGGGGAGCAUCGGUCCAGAGGCAGGCGGCCCAGUCUCCUGCAGAUGUGGCCCAGCUGGAGCUUCCCGACCUGGGGGCAGAAGAUGUCCUCGAGUUGCAGUUACAGCAGCUCACUUUGGCUCAGUUCACUGUUGCCACCAUGACACAUGCCAUCCCACUGCUUAAAACAGAGGGUUUGCAUACGCUCCAUCGCGUUAUGGAACUGCUGUGUGACGCCGUCCACCUGCUCGGGGACAGUGUUCACGAGCUGGUCUGGGACGAUCGCAGCCUGGUGGGGACGGAGCUGAAAGAAAAGCUGCAAGCCUGCAUGGAAUUAUUGGGCGGGAUCCUCAGCUUUUAUCAGAGCUACUCGACAGAUAUUCCCGCCAGCUCUCAGGUUCACCACAGAAUCGCGUACACUGUCAUUGCUGUGUUCACCGUUAAACUCCUUCAGACCAUCCUCCCUCCCGAGAAGGCCAGUGACAAUCUCCCAGAAAACACAGCAACAGCGGUUUUCCACAUGUGCUUGGACCCUUCGUUGGGGAGUUUGUUACCCAGCGUGCAAGACGCCGCCGUGGCCUACUUGGAGCAGGUGAACUCAGACAGCCAUGACCUCUACAGGAGGGUGACCCGCGCGGCCCUUUGGAUGGAAUCCACCUGUAACUUCCUCAAGGAAACGCAAGCUGAGGGGGAAAAGAACUGGUUGGAGAUCCUGGAGCUGGCAGACCAAGCCAUCAACGGGCUCCCGUUUCACCAGCACUUACACGUUGUCAAGGAGUGUGUUCACAUGUGCUCUUACCUGUGGAAGUUCAAUCAGCCCAGUCCAUUCCUCCAAACAGAGAGCCAGAAACUUCUCCUCAAGCUGCUGUCCCAUCCGUCACUGCCUGUCAAGAUGGAAACAUACAAACACACUUUAAACCUGGUCAAGGACUGCCUUGGCAUUCACAAUGCAUCCCGACAGGAAUCAGCAGCCUGCGGUGGAAUCAACUUUCUCACCCACCACAGGGUGCUCUAUGAAAUGUGUGCUUUUGGACUCCAGGAUUCUGCAGAGACGGUGAACGUUGCUGCCAAGGAUAUCCUGCUCUUCCUGCUCAAAGGGCGAUUGAUGAUGACAGCAUCGACCUGGGACAGAUUCAUUGAGGCACUUCACCCGGUCAUGCCCAUAUUACAGGGUUAUGCCAGCACUGAGGAAUCCCUGGGAAACUGCGUCCUACUGAUAAGUGACAUGUCGGACGUGGCGAGAGAUGACGUGUUUCCGAGCAGAGCCAAGCUAAAGGCAGCCCUCCGACUUCUUUUUACCAGACAGCCCACCGUGAGAAUAGCAGCAGUGCAACAAAUCCUGCCCCACUUAACCAGCGACAAUGAUGCCAGCAAAGCCAGACCGGACCUUGACCAAGCGGCAGUCUCCUCGCUGCCCAAUCUCUUCUGCCUCAGAAACCCUUUGGACAUCACGCUGGACACCAGCAACAAGUUUGUUCUCAAGGUGGAGUCGGUGGAGAAGCUGUUUUGUAUCCUGUCCUCGGACACCGUUGACGUCUCUCUGAGAAGAUCUGCUGCCGAGCAGCUGUCUGUGGUUCUUCAAGACACAGCAAUGCACCCAGUGCUGAAGAAUCUCGGAAUAACAGACAAAGUAGUUUUUUUCAUCACAGGGAGUGUAAACGGCGACGAGAGCUUGGAUUGCCUGCUGGAGUCGUGCGUGUGUAUCCUGAGGAAGUUGGCUUAUGCUGAUCCAUCUCUGAGGCACAGUCUGGCACAACGCAACCUCCUGCUCCUCACACUGCUCAGGGCCUCGUUGAUAUUAAAGGAGAACAAAGGCAAUGGAAAUGAGAUCGCCGUCCUGAUGAGUUUGCUGCUAUUUGACGAGAUUGCCAGCAUUAAGAUAUGGUCGGAUUCAUCCAAUGCAGAUGCGACCCUCACACCGUUCUCCCUGCCACUGUCAGUAAUGCGCAGGUACAACAUCCCAUUCCAGGCAGCGACUCAUCACGCCGUCAGCCCGUACUGCUGCGUCCUGCCCCCGUCCUCUGACCUCCUGACUCUGGCCCCUGCCCGCCUAGCCCUGCAGGUCGCCUGGAACACUGCAUGGCACUCUGGGAUGGACAACCUCCUCGAAGAGCUGCAUGACACCUCUUUCAGUGCCACUGAAUUUCAUCCUGAGUUAAAGCUGUCAGAAGCACAAGUUAUAUUGCUGCAGGCCAUGCAUCUUCCCACUGCGCUGCAGGGCUGCAUCAAGGCCAUCGCCACAGCAGCAGGCCACAGCUCGGUGACUUCCGCCCUCUCCAGGCUGAGCCUCUAUCUACUGAUUGAUCAACUGGCCCACCCUCACAUCCCCACCCACCGCUGCAUAGACACCCUUCACUCGCUCAGUUGGCAGGCAGCAGUGACAAGGUUUCUUCAGGUGCUUCCAGCCGGUGUUGAAGAUGAGAGGUUGCUAGUGGGCAUCGUUGCCUUUUUGAAUGCCUACUUCAAACCGAUGCACACAGAGUCUGCAUCGGACCCAGAAGACAAGGACCUAUGCUGGAUGCUGCAGCUGCUUCUCAAUCAGGAGACGGCAUCCAUUCUCAAUCUGCUGCUCGGUGUGGAGACCCAGGCCUCAACUCAGAGCCCAGUAGGGCCGGAGGAAGAGAAGAACCACGUGAGCCAGAGACUGCAGAAAGAACUCACCAGCUUCUUUAACACCUUACUGCUCCGACUCACGCAGACCGCGGACAGGCUGUCUCUGGCAUUAGCCGGCCCUUUCAAGAGCCAGCUGGCAGUCCGUUUGCUGCAGAGCCUGAGGGUCUCCGACGCCCCACGUUUCUACGGCCUUCCCAGCCUGGAGAGAACACUGCAGGGCAUGGUCCGCCUGACGGCUCGGCCCGGCUGGAGCUCCCACUGCUCUGACCUGGAACCCGCCUUGCUCUGCUCCAAGUAUCUCAGCGGGCUAUUAGAGGUGAUCUCAUCAUUUUAUGUAGAGUGGGGAGGCAACUCAAUGUCCUUCAUGGGGAAAGGUGUGACCAAGAGCGCCGUCAUCUGCUUGCUUCACCUGUCCCACGAGAUGAGGGCCCGUGACGAGGACUUCAUAUCCCAAUGGUCUUUGGGGAAUAACGAGGUGGCUGCCGAGGAGGCCGGCGCCUUGCAGCUCGGUUUGGCCUGGCUCAUCCCCCUGUGGGUCGACCGCGAUCAAGAGGUGAGGUUUGCCAGUUUGGGUUUAGGUGCAGCUCUGUCGGCGGUGCCCAGCGGUUGCCGGGCUCUGUGUGCCAGCUGUCAGAACAUCAGCGGAGGUCUGUGGGGCACGUUGCUCAACAUCCUGCUGGAUCAGCAGGAGAGCAGCAUGGUGCGCAGAGAGGCUGCAUUUAUUCUGCAGAACCUGAUGGUGAUGCCAAUGCCUGCCAAUGCAGAGAAGGCCAAGGACUCCCACUGGCAGCACCCGUGUGUCCAUGAUGAGGUGUCUGGUGUGUCUCUGGUGGGUCUUCCAGCACUCCAGGCUCUCCUUUACCACUGUCAGUACUUCCAACACGUGGCUCUCUCUGCCUCCAAAUGUUACCUCGGCAGGUACACAUUCAACCUGCAGCCUUGUGCUGCCACCACCGGUGGACCCCAUCCUCAGGAGGGCAAUUCCCUGAAUUCUGAGAAUUCUCUUUGGUUAUGGCGAUGUGACGCCCCAACUACAAACUCCAGCAGACCCUCCAGCUCCCUCUCCACCUCCAGCACCGUGACUAGAGGUUCCGGUCCAGACAGCCCCAAGGGUCCCUCCCCAUCGAGCACCGUGAAGGAUAAUCCAGUAAGCCGACUGAUGACUCAAGGUCAGAGUGACACAGACGCCAGCGACUCACUGACCUCCCAGGACUCCCGACAAGGCGAGACCCCGCCGCUGGAACUGGUUGUCAUGGUAACUGCCGACCUCAUGACGGCCCACUGUGGCCUGCUGGCUAACCUGCUGGCCAUCCUGCCAGACUUCACCCUCGCUGCCGUCCGACACAACCAGCUCCUCCGAGCGCUGGCCAGUCUGCUAGAUAUUGGGCUCAUUGAGAAAUGUCUGACUGAGCUGAAGACACCCAGCAUCCUAACAUGGGAGAGAGAAGACAUCAAGAUCCAGUUUGUCACCCUGCUGCAGUUCCUGUCCAGCUUCUCCAAACUGCUGCGGUCAUGUGUCCUGGUGAGCAAGGAGCUGAUUGGCCAGAUGGACUUCCUAAGACGGCUUUUGACUUCUCUGGUGGCUGUACUCAUGUUGGAUACCAAAGGACUGGACGCAGGUACCCGGGACGUGGUGUGCGUGUGCUGGGCAGACGUGUUUAUGCUCCUGGCUACUCUGGUGAGGAGGGACAUCUCAGCAGCGUACCCAUCUGUCUCUGCUGCGCUGGGGAGACGCUGGCGGACAUUUGCAGGAACAUUAUCUGUGUGUGUGAAUGAGAAGUGGACGGAUCCUCUUCUCCACACAGUGGCUCUGCAGUUCCUCAGUACAAUAUUCACAGCAGAGACAGACAGUCGGGGAGCGGAGGUCCAGACCUCGAACUCCAAACCUGCCACGGCUCUGUCUGACAUUGUGAAUGGUCCCUCAGCCAGCGAGCUGUGUGAACUCUUACUGCAGAGGACCCUUCAGGACCCUUUAAGACGCAGCGGCGCUGCUCUGAUGGCACUGUUGGCCAGCAGUCCCUCUGCUCAAAAACACGCAGCCAAAGCUGGUCUAAUAGACAGCUGCGUUGAGCAAAUGAAGCAAACUCACUCCCAGCUCCACCUGGAGUCUGUUCGACCCGGCAAAGCUUCCCACCGCAGAAAGGAAGAAGGCUAUUUAAAAGAAGUCAAGCUGACUGUGGAGAUCCUACGGAAUGCUCUUUAUCGCAACGACGAAUGCAAAGUGGUGGCCACAGAUGCUCGCCUCACACUGGCACUCUAUGCUCUUUGGCCUUGGCUGCUAUUGGAUGACCCCACCAUGGAGGCGGUGCUGGAGCUUCUGUGCGUCUAUACGGCCAACUGCCCCGGAGCAUGCAGUUGCGUCGGUGGCGCCGGCUCCGGUGCAGCACCAGGAUCUAAAGGCACCCCGAGCACCUCUCUGAUGCACUCGGUCAUGAGGCUGGCCUCGGGCGUCGCCCCAGAUAACUGCUCUGUCCAGAAGCUCUCCUUCUGUCUCCUGGCCAACCUCGCCAUGUCCCGCGACUGCAGAUGCCUCCUGCAAAAGAAUAACUUCCUGCAGGCCUUCCCGUCGGUGCCGAUGCCCAAGCCGGGCGGGGCCAAGGUCGCGGCCGUCAGCGGGGGCCCGCUGGGCCUGUGGCUGAGGCUGCUGGUCAGCGUCUCGUGCGCAGAGGACGGCCAGCUGAGCAUCUUUAGGGUGACCGGAGCUUUGGAACUGCUGGCUGACCUGGCGCCGCACCGGCGCCACGCGCUUCUCACCCUUCACAACCUCUGCUUCUGCCCUGCCAGCAAGCAGCACGUCGUGGCCAAUGACAAAGCCACCAAGGCGCUACUCUGCUGUCUGAGCAGUAAGGAGAUGGAAACCCGCUCCAUGGCAGCCUCUGCACUUUGGGCGUUGCUCCAUAACAAUCAAAGGGCUAAGACUACAUUGAAGUGUCCCUCUAUUCGGUUGAGGAUUGAGGAGGCGCGUGCCAUCUCUAGAAAGGAGGCCGAGAACAAGCAGGAUCCGACGAGUACCUACCUGCUGAAGUGCCUUGAAAAUCUUUCCCAUCUGUUAAAUAACUAAUUGUAUUUUUAUUUAUUAUUUUGUAAAAUGUUAUUAGAUCUUAAUUCAUUUUAAAAUUAAAGCUGCACCUGUCCAAUUUGAA